ACAAAGACGCGUUCCCCGGACACAGCUUGAGCUUCCCGAGCUCUCGCUUGCCAUGGACCCCCCCUCCACGCCUCGGUGCGCGCGGUACGUGCCCCGCCCGGUGCGGCCGCACUCGGCGCCCCGGCGGAGCUACUUCGGGGAGACAAAGACGGAGAGGUGGCGCGAGGCUGGGGCGAUCCGGUGGCCGGCAGUUUCCACGGGCCCAGACCUGUACCAGGGGCCGGAUAUAGUGCCGAUGCGGCGCUACUGCAACAACAUGCAGGAUUGGUCUGGGGAGCUCUGGGCGAGAUCCCUGCGGAAGCCGGGUGUCUUCCUGCAGCAUCCCACAUUCGCAGAUUGCAACAUUAGCGCAAAGGAGCUCCACGAGCAGUGGGGCGACGUUCUCCCAGUGUCGGCCCGCCUAUGGCCCUACAGUGGCGCGACCUCCUCAGGACCUUCCACGCUGCCCAGCCAUGUGGACAUGAAGGAUUGGGUGGAACGCCCAGUCGCUGCCGGGAAGUACUCACUGAAGCACAUGCAUGGCCACAGGUACCAGUGGGACGCCACGCCUCGACACUGCCUCAUCGGCCUGCAAAAGCCGGUGAGGUGACCACUUCAGUUGCCCUUCGUAGAGGUUUUCUG